ACAACCAUUGCUACAAACUACCCCAGAUUGAGAAAAUCGAGAAGAAAAUGGCGGAACCAAGAGCGCGUGUCGCGAGACACAAGGGCCAGAUGAACUUUCCAUCUGAGCUCCGCCUCCUCCUUCUCGCCUACGGAGAUCCAAGUCCCCAUUCAUCAUUUCCCUCUGAACCUCUUCCCGAAACAGUCCGCGUCCUUGACGAGAUCGUCACCGACUUCAUCCUUGAAAUGUGCCACGGAGCCGCGCAGUACGCCUCCUACUCGCGACGCCAGAAGAUCAAGGUGGAUGAUUUCCGAUUCGCGCUGCGCCGUGAUCCCAACAAGCUCGGUCGUGUUCAGGAAUUGCUACGGAUGGAACGCGAGCUGAAAGAGGCGCGGAAGGCGUUCGAUCAGAAUGAUGAUCAGAUUGCGAACUUGAAGGAUGCUAAGAAGGGAAUCGAUGAACAUGAGGAUGGAGACGCAACUUCGGUUGUAGGGAAGAAGAAUAAGGGCAAGAACAAGAGAGGUGCUAGGAGGGAUUCGGAUGGGACUGAGGAGACGAUCUCGAAGAAGCGGAAAACUGCCGGUCAAGGCUGAGGUCACAGGCUAUUUGGGUAAUUGGGAUUCGGGCGUUAAAGGUUCUUUUUCCAAAGUCUGCGAAAGCUAUACCACCAUCUGCAUUGGAUUGGCGUUUGCGAGGUUAUUUGGAUCCGGUCAUUUUGUGAUUCUAUUGAAGAAACCAGAGUAAAGUGUUAUUUACAGAAGCAUUAUUCCGGUUUUUUAUGCAAUGGGAAAUAAGGACAUACUGAUUGAUAACUACUACAUGAG